CUUCCCUGAGCGCAGCGUCUGGUGUCCUAGAGACCAGAAGAAGGAGAGGCGGCGCUGCAUUGGCUUCACUGAGAGGAUGCUGAGCACGGAUCGCCUCUCGCAGUCGGGGAUGGAGUAUCUAGCUCAAAGACAUGUCAUCACAUAUAUGGAAGAUGCUGUGAGCCAGCUUCUGGAAAGCAGAGAAGAUAUUAGCCAAUAUGGUAUUGCCAGAUUCUUCACUGAAUAUUUUAGCAGUGUGCGUCAAGGAACUCAUAUUUUGUUCCGAGAGUUCAGCUUUGUCCAAGCUACGCCGCAUAAUCGGGCAUCCUUUCUAAGGAUCUUCUGGCGAUGUUUCAGGACAGUGGGGAAAAAUGGAGAUCUUCUGACAGCCAAGGAAUACCAUUGCCUUCUGCAGUUGCUUUGCCCUGACUUUCCUAUGGAUCUUACUCAGAAAGCAGCAAGGAUUGUUCUUAUGGAUGAUGCUGUAGACUGUUUGAUGUCUUUUUCGGAUUUCCUAUUUGCCUUCCAAAUCCAGUUUUACUACUCAGAGUUCCUGGAAAGUGUGGCUGCAAUUUAUCAAGAACUCUUGACGGGUAAGAAUCCCAACACCGUCAUUGUGCCAACGUCAUCCUCAGGGCAGCAUCGUUCACGCCAAGCUCUGACCGAGAGCAGCCCUCUUGAUGGGGUGGAGGCAUCUGCAUUUUACCAGUGCCUUGAGUCUCUAUGUGACCGGUCCAAGUACAGCUGUCCCCCAUCGGCUGUUAUCAAGGAAAUUCUGAGCAGCAUGCAGAGACUGACAUUCUAUGAAUUUCUGAUGGCUCUUGCAAAGCAUCAAGGGAUCAACAGAGCUGUUGGAGCCCUCCCAGACAAAGCUGAGCUGCUAGUUGACCCACUUAUGGAUCAGGAACUAGAGAAACUAAUAACCCAAGUAUCAGGGCUGUCUCUAUCCAAUUCUGCUAAUGCUAGUGGGGAUAAUGCAAACUUGCCUUCCCGACCUCCUUCCCGGAUCAGCUCCCCAUGGAGGCCUCUCCACCAUCGCAGGAAAAUGGAUGCUGAAAGUGAUGGCUCCACAGAAGAGACAGAUUCCUCUGAGAACUGAUGAACAGCAUGGGAAUGUGCUCACUCAUUCCAGGUCAUUGUGAUCAAAGUAACGUGGGCUUUGAAGAAGAGGGAGAAAUAGGAAUGCAUGUACUUCUUUCUCCACCCAGUCGCAAAACAUUACUCAUAAAUCUCCCUCUUAAGAAGCCUGACCCUCUCUGCUUAAACAGAAGUUCCCUCUUGUAUAAUACUGGUAAAGGAAUACUCGCUUAUGUACUGGGUAGACCUUAAAUACAGCUGAUUACAACUGCAGGGUUUUAUUGCCCUCUUGUGGCAAACAAAUUAGUUUUUCUUGCCCUACAGCCAGAGUGUGUCUUAUUUUCAGCUUUGAAAAAAUUAAUCCAAAUCCUGAAACUGUGCUCCAUACAGCAUUUCUUCAUCCUCAACCAGGAUAGAAGAAAACCUGAUCAGGAUUCGGCAUCAAACAUGUAGCCAUGAUGUUGUAGCAGCUCUACUUUGUCUCCAUUUGAGCCCUGAAGCCCACCUUAAAAGCUGGUCAGCCAGAGAGAGCAAUAGGGAGACUGUUCUCCUGGCAAGUCCUGAAGGAUGAUGUGACCGGCUCUCACCCAUCAGUGAAGUAAGCUGCAGUUAAGUUAUAACAGCCCCCUGCAAAAGGUGUUUUCUUCGCUUCUCAGAGUGUCACUUACUGGAGGUUGUUGGUCAUUCAUCCAACGGUGCCCCCAUUCACUAGCAGUAGAAACCUUUCUUGCUCCAGACAGCUGGUUUUUAAGGUGGGUUUCAGGGUCAUUUCUACUUGUAGCAAUAGAAUUACAAAUGAGAACAUAAACCUACCAAUGUCUAACUUACAAUGUCAACCUGUUUUUAAGAACAUAGCACCUUGACCCUUGCUAUCUAAAUAGGUUUACUGUAGUUUUUCUGUAUGUGACAUUUCCUAUUUACUCUGACACCUUCCAGAAACUCAGUUCUAUUUAAGACAAUGUUGCAUGAUCUUUGCAGGACAUCUAGCUAAGAGAAUUCUGUGCGAUUGAUAAUUUUCAGCCCAUUCUUACUGGCCUUUGUUUAGGAGACAAUGGUAGAACAUUAUUUAUUAUUACUUUCUAAAACAUUUAAAUGUGAAUGUGAACUAUAAUAAAUAAAGCAUGUUGAACAAA